AUGGCUGCAAUGGCCAUCCCGCUGGCCCACGCAGCGUCAUUGGCAACCACCAAAAGCACCGGUUACCAGGCCCCAAACGCGAAUUGGACCGUCGUCGGCUGUACCAAAGACAAGUAUCCCGACGGUCGAGAUCUCAUCGGCGACUACAAGUCCAGCUCAAAACUCACUCCCACUUCCUGUCUGGAAUUCUGCGACAAAGGGCAAUGGGCUUGGGCCGGCAUCGAGGAUGGCAACCAAUGCUUCUGCGGCAACGACCCGGAUGGUGCAAUAAUCGGCCCGAAUGGCUCGAACCUCACUGCUCAGAACAACGAUGGCUGCACUACACCUUCAGCCGGCGACGCCGGAAGCAACGGAGGUGGCCCCAACCAUCUGCUGCUCUUUUCGUCCAAGCGUUGGCCACGACCUCACAUCCCCAGACCUGAAAACAGUGACUAUGAGGGCUGCUUUGCCGAUGACGUCAACAAUCGAUUGCUUCCCCAUUACGCCAACGUUGCUAGCCUCACAAACCAGAAAUGCUUUGCUGCUUGCGGUGCGGCUGGAUAUGACCUUGCCGGCACAGAGGAUAAGUCGCAGUGUUGGUGCGGCCACUCCUCUAAGACCGACCUAUCCGGUUCAACAGCUGCUGACCCCAGCCCUUGCCAGCUAGCCUGCGAAGGGGACCUGACCCAGUAUUGUGGCGGUUACAGCUACUUGAGCCUCUACAAAUCCAUAUCCUGA